CCUAGCAAGUUCCACAUCCACGGUGCAAAGUUUGAAGACGUGUUGCUCGGUCGGUGUUUGUGCCAAUUGCAAACUCACAGAAAACUCAUCUUAAACACGUUUUUUUUCGAGAUCCAGGUGGCAACAGAGACGGUGCAAGAUGUCCGUCGCUGGAUUUAAGAAGCAAUUUUACAAAGCGAGUCAGCUGGUGAGUGAGAAGGUUGGAGGCGCUGAGGGAACCAAACUGGAUGAAGACUUCAAGGACCUUGAACGGAGAGCAGAUAUUACCAGCAAAGCAGUGGUGGAAAUCAUCGGGAAAACAUCAGAGUACCUUCAGCCCAACCCAGCGACUAGAGCUAAGCUGUCCAUGCUCAACACCGUGUCUAAAAUCCGCGGGCAGGUGAACAGUCCAGGCUACCCCCAGUCUGAGGGCCUCCUAGGGGAGUGCAUGACAAAGUAUGGACGGGACAUGGGCGAGGACACCAACUUUGGUGGGGCUCUAGUAGACAUAGGAGAGACAAUGAAGAGGAUGGCUGAGGUCAAGGACUCUCUGGAUAUUGAUGUGAAGCAGAACUUUAUUGACCCGCUGCAGGCAGUUGCUGACAAGGAUAUCAAAGACAUUCAGCACCACCUGAAGAAGAUGGAAGGCCGCCGUCUGGACUACGAUUAUAAAAAAAAACGUCAGGGGAAAAUCCAAGAUGAAGAGAUCAGACAGGCCCUGGAGAAGUUCCACGAGUCCAAAGAGCUGUCCGAAAGUUUCAUGCACAACCUCCUGGAAACUGAUGUGGAGCAGGUGAGUCAACUGUCUUCUUUUGUGGAGUCUCUGGUGCAGUACCACAGACAGGCCUCACAGAUCCUGGAGGAGCUUUCUGACAAACUGAGAGAAAGGGUUAACGAUGCUCAGUCCCAACCAAAGCGAGAGUACACACCUAAACCCAGGCCAUCAUUUGACUUUGGAGAGACACAACACUCCAACGGGGCCUAUGCACCAACUUCAGCGAGCCCUCCAUCUUACUCUCCUGCUGAGGCCUGCUGUAAAGCCCUGUAUGACUUUGAGCCAGAGAACGAGGGUGAGCUGGGCUUCCACGAGGGUGACAUCAUCACCUUGAUCACUAAAAUCGAUGAGAACUGGUUUGAGGGAUCCCUUCGUGGCAAAUCGGGAUACUUCCCCAACAACUACGUUGAAGUGGUGGUGCCUCUGUAACACUGAAAACAAAAGAGGCAAGAGGGAAUCAGCAGGAUGGAGAGGAUGAAAAGGGGGGGGAUAGAGGAUUAUCAAAAUAUAUCUCUUCUUUAUUAUAAUUAAAAGGUUAACAUCUCAAGACAGGGACAUAGUUUUUUGUAUCACAGAGCUAUUUGAGUAAAGGGGACAAGUUCUUUUUAAAAGUUUGUCAAGAUGUAAUGGAUUUUAAAAAAGUAAGGACAGAGAUAUUUAGUCAGAAAAAUUAUGGCGUGAUGUUAGGGUGCACUUACUUUAGUUCCUGUCUUUAUGUCAUUCUCUAUGCACCUGUGCACUUUGUACACUACACUUCUAUCACCGGGACUGAUGAAGAAAGGAUGGCAUGUAUGAUAACAUAUCCUGAUCCACAAACACUAAGAAGUACACUACUUCCCUAUACUCUGAACCUUUUUUAUAUUCAAAAUAUAUUAACGCAUCCUUUCUACGUAUUGGUACUACAAACAAGCAUACAUACUCUUGCAUUCUUCUAAGCACCAUAUUUCUACACUCCCAGUUGUCACCCAGUUGCCUUCAGGCUCUAGUACUGUUGUAAUCAUGGACUUGUUUGCAGUCAACAUGGAGGACUGGCUGCUGUUCUGUCCUCCACUGCCAUCUGGUGGUACUGGAGAUCAUGUGUUGUACAUUCUGUUAUCGCUUACCAAAUCCAUAUUGGGUAGCUAGUCUUAAGUUUUAGUUUAGAUUUUUUCAAUUGCAUAUAUAAAAAUAUUUGUACAGUACCAGUCAAAUGUUUGGACAUACUUAGUCAUUCAAGGUAAUGGAAAGGUGUGCCCAGACUAUUAACUGGUACUGUGUAUACAAGCGUCAAACCUAGCUGGAGCCAGUCAGCAGGUAACAUUGAGUGACAGCUGUAUUUGACUGUUAUUUCAUUCACACACUACAGCUGAUCAGAAACUCAAAGGCUGUUCAGUGUAGAUAAAAAUGUUUUAGAUUUGAUGACUCUGUAAUUAUGCUUCAUUAUAUUUAUCACCUUAAUUGUUGCAAAGUUGUCAAUUAUUUAAUUUGCCUACAGCUCUUAAGUGUUUCUUAUUGCUCUCCAGACUCUUAUCUUUAUAUAGCUAAUGCCAAAGAAAGGUUUCAUAAACACCUUAAUUGCACAGGGUUGCAGUUUGUCAUUAAAAGGAAACAAUUGAUGCAUGAUCUACCCCCCCUCAAACAUUUUACAGCAUAACACCAAAGCCAUAAGCACACAUCCUUCAGCUCCUCUAUUUUCUCAGGCUCCAUUGAUACUGCUGGCAGUGUCACAAUGUUUUGUGGGUUUUUACCCAACUGUUUGUGAAGCUGGGAUUUGUUUUCCUCUAUAGUCUUGGGUAAGCUUGGCUUUAGUAUUUUUUAACCAGUAAUUAGGAGCAUGGAAAUUAAUCUGAUGUGUGUUGAGUGUUUUUGUACCUGCCUCGGUUUUCAGGCUGAAACUGCACCAGACCUGACAGAAAAUGCUAUCCCACAACUAUUGUGUAGUGAAUUUUCUAAUAAUGAGGAAGGUCUUUACACAAUGGCUGGUUUCAGUUUCAAUUAAGCCUAUUACAAGCAGACUAUGAACUGUGAGGGUUUGCGCUGUUCACUUAAAAUGCCAACUUUCUCCUCUUGUCAUGAUCUCCUUGUUAGACCGCCCCCCGCCCCGCUCAACUCUCCCAUCUCUAUUUAGACCGGGAGCGGAACAGACAGGUCUUUUCAGCAAAGAAGGGCGCACAGCAGUAGAUUAUGCCCUCCCCCACUAGUCUUUAUUCACCACCUGCCCCUGUACCCCUACCCCCUUUCUCAUUAUCUGCCCCAUCCCAAUCCCAUGGUUCCUCUGGAGCUCAGUCUCCUGCGCCAUCCUUGGCAUAAUCUCAUUGUUAUCAUAGUAUGUGCAUCUUUAAUGUUAUGUUUGCAUUACUCCUAUGUUAUUCAUGUUAUGUAUAAGGCCAUGGGGUUUGGCUGUGAGGAGUAAUAACUGUGUGGUUCAGGUGUGGGUUUACAUGUCUCAUUACACUAAAUCAAAAGCCCAGAGUUACAGAGAGGGGGUAGAGGAUCGGGGGCUCAGGUUGAGCUAUUAUGUAGCUUGUAUAAUAUUGAUGAUGAAUAAUGUCGUGGAACAAAGGGCAAAGAUCAAUUUUUGUGUGCUGCUAGUGUCACAGCUGAAAUAGUUGUCUCAAUGCUGCGGCUGACAUUUAUUGCAACACUAAAUUCUAUGAUGGCUGGUAUUAUGUUAGUACCCUUACGAGUUGCAGUUUUGCAAUAUUGAUGAAGUAUUAACAGACCUUAAAGCUUUAUUUUAUUACAUAUACUCUUAAUGUAAUUUUUCUUUGUUUAAAAUGUAACUUCUUUGCAUGUAUCUUCAUUAUAGCCUCUGUCUUAUGCAAUGCCUUAUUUUUGUAACUGUGACAUUGUGGGGAGACGGAAAGUGGGAUUAUCCUGGAUUAUUUUUAGGAUGUAUGGAUUACCUCUUUAUUAAAUGUAAUCUUCUGUGUAUUGUAUAUUUUUGUUACUACAGGGGGAAUGGAUGCUCUUCAUUCACUUGUUUAAAUAAAUAUUAAAUAAUUUGA